UCACCUGACGCUCUGUUAUUUCCUGUGUGUUGGGAGAAUGGAGAGAAAAAACCCGGAGCCGAGCCGCCUUCGGCCCCUGCGAGGCGGCCACGGCCUCAGCCGGGGGAGCCCUCCCUGAGGCGCGCCGGAGCGGGGAGUGAGCCAGCGAGCGCGCGGGCCGGAGCGAGCCUCUAGGGGCCGCGGCCCCGGCCCGCCCCGCCGUCGGCCUGGGCGUCCGCGCUGGAGGCGGUGGAGGCACCCCCACCCCCACCCCGCGCCGCGCCGCCGCCCCCUCCCCUCCCAGCGCCGGCGGAGGCCGAGGGACGGGCCGGGGGGCUCCUGCAGGAGGGCUGCUGGCCUGCUGCUGUGCUGCUGAACAGUAUGCAGUCGUUUCGGGAGCAAAGCAGUUACCACGGAAACCAGCAGAGCUACCCACAGGAGGUGCACAGCUCAUCCCGCAUAGAAGAGUUCAGCCCUCGCCAGGCCCAGAUGUUCCAGAAUUUUGGGGGAGCAGGUGGUGGUAGUAGUGGCACUGGCAGCAGCAGUAGCGGUCGACGAGGAACAGCUGCUGCAGCGGCAGCAAUGGCUAGUGAGACCUCUGGCCAUCAAGGCUAUCAGGGUUUCAGGAAAGAAGCUGGAGAUUUUUACUACAUGGCAGGCAACAAAGACACAGUGGCAGCAGGAACCCCACAGCCUCCUCAGCGAAGGCCUUCUGGGCCUGUACAGAGCUAUGGACCUCCCCAGGGGAGCAGCUUUGGCAAUCAGUAUGCGAGUGAGGGUCAUGUGAGCCAAUUUCAAGCACAGCACUCUGCCCUUGGUGGUGUGUCUCAUUAUCAGCAGGAUUACACAGGGCCUUUCUCUCCUGGGAGUGCUCAGUAUCAACAGCAGGCCUCUAGCCAACAACAGCAGCAGCAGCAGCAGCAGCAACAGCAGCAGCAGCAGCAACAGCAGCAGCAAGUACAGCAGUUGAGACAACAGCUUUACCAAUCCCAUCAGCCUCUGCCACAAACCACUGGACAGCCAGCCUCUGGCUCAUCGCAUCUACAACCAAUGCAGCGGCCCUCAACUCUGCCAUCUUCUGCUGGUUAUCAGUUAAGAGUAGGUCAGUUUGGACAGCACUACCAGUCUUCUGCUUCCUCCUCUUCCUCCUCCUCCUUCCCUUCUCCACAGCGUUUCAGUCAGUCUGGACAAAGCUAUGAUGGCAGUUACAGUGUGAAUGCUGGAUCUCAGUAUGAAGGGCAUAAUGUGGGUUCUAAUGCACAGGCUUAUGGAACACAAUCAAAUUAUAGCUAUCAACCUCAGUCUAUGAAAAAUUUUGAACAGGCAAAGAUUCCACCAGGAAACCAGCAGGGGCAGCAGCAGCAACAGCAGCAACCACAACCUCAGCAACAGCAGCCGCAGCAACAGCAGCAACAGCAGCAGCAGCAGCAACAUCCUCCCCAGCAUGUGAUGCAGUACACAAAUGCUGCCACCAAGAUGCCUCUGCAAAGCCAGGUUGGGCAGUACAACCAGCCUGAGGUUCCUGUAAGGUCUCCCAUGCAGUUCCACCAGAAUUUCAGCCCUAUUUCUAACCCUUCUCCAGCUGCUUCUGUGGUUCAGUCUCCAAGCUGUAGCUCUACACCUUCUCCUCUCAUGCAGAGUGGUGAGAAUCUCCAGUGUGGGCAAGGCAAUGUGCCCAUGAGUUCCAGAAACCGAAUUUUACAGCUAAUGCCCCAGCUCAGUCCAACUCCAUCAAUGAUGCCCAGUCCUAACUCUCAUGCUGCAGGAUUCAAAGGAUUUGGAUUAGAAGGGGUGCCGGAAAAGCGGCUGACUGAUCCUGGGUUGAGUAGUUUGAGUGCUUUGAGUAGUCAAGUGGCCAAUCUUCCUAAUACUGUCCAGCACAUGUUACUUUCUGAUGCUUUGACACCUCAGAAGAAGACGUCUAAGAGGCCCUCAUCAUCAUCUAAGAAAGCAGAUAGCUGUACAAACUCAGAAGGCUCCUCACAGCCUGAAGAACAACUAAAGUCCCCUAUGGCUGAGUCAUUGGAUGGAGGUUGCUCUAGUAGUUCAGAAGAUCAAGGUGAGAGGGUGAGGCAACUGAGUGGCCAGAGCACUAGCUCUGACACCACCUAUAAGUGUGGCGCUUCAGAGAAAGCUGGCUCCUCACCAACACAAGGUGCUCAGAAUGAGGCCCCUAGGCUCAGUACCAGUCCUGCAACUAGGGACGAAGCUGCCUCUCCAGGUGCUAAGGACACAUCACUGUCAUCUGAGGGGAACACAAAAGUCAAUGAGAAGACAGUUGGGGUGAUUGUCUCCCGAGAAGCCAUGACAGGUCGGGUAGAAAAAUCUGGUGGACAAGAUAAAGGCUCCCAGGAGGAUGAUCCUGCUGCCAGUCAGAGACCACCUAGCAAUAGUGGCGUAAAGGAAAUCAGCCACACAUCACUUCCACAGCCAGAUCCUCCAGGAGGAGGGAGCAAAGGAAACAAGAAUGGUGAUAAUAAUAGCUCUAACCACAAUGGAGAGGGGAAUGGCCCGAGUAGCCACUCCGCAGUAGGCCCAAGUUUCACAGGCAGGACUGAGCCUAGCAAGUCUCCUGGAAGUUUGCGCUAUAGUUACAAAGAGAGUUUUGGGUCAGCUGUACCACGAAAUGUCAGUGGUUAUCCUCAGUAUCCUUCAGGACAAGAAAAGGGGGAUUUUGGCAGCCAUGGAGAGCGAAAGGGUAGAAAUGAGAAGUUCCCAAGUCUUCUACAGGAAGUGCUUCAGGGCUACCACCACCAUCCUGACAGAAGGUAUCCUAGAAGCGCACAGGAACAUCAAGGGAUGGCUAGUGGCCUGGAAGGAACUGCAAGGCCUAACAUCUUAGUCAGUCAAACCAAUGAAUUAGCUAGCAGGGGCCUUCUGAACAAGAGUAUUGGAUCCCUGUUGGAAAAUCCCCACUGGGGACCAUGGGAAAGGAAGUCAAGCAGCACAGCUCCUGAAAUGAAACAGAUCAAUUUGUCUGACUAUCCCAUUCCCAGGAAGUUUGAGAUAGAACCUCCAUCAUCAGCCCAUGAGCCUGGAGGCUCCCUUUCUGAAAGGAGGUCAGUAAUCUGUGAUAUAUCCCCACUAAGACAGAUUGUCAGGGACCCAGGGGCUCACUCAUUGGGACACAUGGGUACUGAUGCCAGAAUUGGGAGGAAUGAACGUCUCAACCCAAGUUUAAGUCAGUCAGUCAUUCUUCCUGGUGGGUUGGUGUCCAUGGAAACAAAAUUGAAAUCCCAGAGUGGACAGAUAAAAGAGGAAGACUUUGAACAAUCCAAAUCUCAAGCUAGUUUCAACAAGAAAUCUGGAGACCACUGCCAUCCUACCAGCAUCAAACAUGAGACUUACCGUGGCAAUGCAAGUCCUGGAGCAGCAGCCCAUGAUUCCAUUUCAGACUAUGGCCCACAAGAUAGCAGGUCCACACCAAUGCGGCGGGUCCCUGGUAGAGUUGGUAGCCGGGAGACUAUGAGGGGUCGGUCCUCUUCUCAGUACCAUGACUUUGCAGAAAAAUUGAAGAUGUCUCCAGGCAGGAGCAGAGGCCCAGGGGGAGACCCUCAUCACAUGAACCCACAUAUGACCUUUUCAGAGAGGGCCAAUAGGAGUUCUUUACAUGCUCCUUUUUCUCCCAACUCAGAAAGCCUGGCCUCUGCUUACCACACAAACACCAGGGCUCAUGCUUAUGGGGACCCUAAUACCGGUUUGAAUUCCCAGCUCCAUUAUAAGAGACAGAUGUACCAACAGCAACAAGAGGAGUAUAAAGACUGGGCCAGCAGUUCUGCUCAGGGAGUGAUCGCUGCUGCGCAGCAUAGGCAGGAAGGCCCACGCAAGAGCCCAAGGCAGCAGCAGUUUCUUGACAGAGUACGGAGCCCCCUGAAAAAUGACAAAGACGGAAUGAUGUAUGGCCCACCAGUAGGUACGUAUCAUGACCCAAGCACUCAGGAAGCUGGGCGCUGUCUCAUGUCUAGUGAUGGUCUGCCUGCCAAAAGCAUGGAAUUGAAGCACAGCUCUCAGAAGUUACAAGAGUCUUGUUGGGAUCUUUCUCGGCAGACUUCUCCAGCCAAAAGCAGUGGUCCUCCAGGAAUGUCUAAUCAAAAACGGUAUGGGCCACCCCAUGAGCCAGAUGGACAUGGACUAGCCGAGUCUGCACAGUCAUCCAAACCUAGUAACGUCAUGUUACGGCUUCCUGGUCAAGAGGAUCAUUCUUCUCAAAAUCCUUUAAUCAUGCGAAGGCGGGUUCGUUCUUUUAUCUCCCCUAUUCCCAGUAAGAGACAGUCACAAGAUGUAAAAAACAGUAACGCUGAUGAUAAAGGGCGCCUCCUCCACCCAUCAAAAGAAGGUGCCGAUAAAGCAUACAAUUCCUACAGCCAUCUUUCUCACAGUCAGGAUAUCAAGUCUAUUCCUAAGAGAGAUUCCUCCAAGGACCUUCCAAACCCAGACAAUAGAAACUGUCCUGCUGUUACCCUGACAAGUCCUGCUAAGACCAAAAUACUGCCCCCACGGAAGGGACGGGGAUUAAAAUUGGAAGCUAUAGUUCAGAAGAUCACAUCUCCAAAUAUUAGGAGGAGUGCAUCUGCAAACAGUGCUGAGGCUGGGGGAGACACAGUCACACUGGAUGAUAUACUAUCUCUAAAGAGUGGUCCUCCUGAAGGUGGCACUGUGGCUACUCAAGAGGCUGAGAUGGAAAAGCGAAAGUGUGAGGUGGUAUCUGACCUAGUCAGUGUAACUAACCAGGAAUCGAAUGUUGAGAAGCCUCUUCCAGGGCCUUCUGAAGAGUGGCGUGGCAGUGGGGAUGACAAAGUCAAGACAGAGGCACAUGUAGAAACAGCUUCUACUGGAAAGGAACCCUCUGGUACUAUGACAUCCACAGCUUCACAGAAGCCUGGUGGUAACCAAGGGAGACCAGAUGGUUCCCUGGGUGGGGCAGCACCACUAAUCUUUCCUGACUCAAAGAAUGUAGCUCCAGUGGGCAUAUUGGCCCCUGAGGCAAAUCCCAAGGCUGAAGAGAAAGAGAACGAUACAGUCAUGAUUUCACCCAAACAAGAAAGUUUCCCCCCUAAAGGGUAUUUCCCAUCAGGAAAGAAAAAGGGGAGACCAAUCGGUAGUGUCAAUAAGCAAAAGAAACAGCAGCAGCAACCACCUCCACCUCCUCAGCCCCCUCAGAUGCCAGAAGGUUCUGCAGAUGGGGAGCCAAAGCCAAAAAAGCAGAGGCAAAGGAGGGAGAGAAGGAAGCCUGGGGCCCAGCCAAGGAAGCGGAAAACCAAACAAGCAGUUCCCAUUGUAGAACCUCAAGAACCAGAGAUCAAGCUAAAGUACGCUACCCAGCCACUAGAUAAAACUGAUGCCAAGAACAAGUCUUUUUUCCCUUACAUCCAUGUAGUAAAUAAGUGUGAACUUGGAGCUGUUUGUACAAUCAUCAAUGCUGAAGAAGAAGAACAGACCAAAUUGGUGAGGAGCCGGAAGGGUCAGAGAUCUCUGACCCCUCCCCCCAGCAGCACAGAAAGCAAGGUGCUCCCAGCUUCAUCCUUUAUGCUGCAGGGGCCUGUGGUAACAGAGUCUUCUGUUAUGGGGCACCUGGUUUGCUGUCUCUGUGGCAAGUGGGCCAGUUACCGUAACAUGGGUGACCUCUUUGGACCCUUUUAUCCCCAAGAUUAUGCAGCCACUCUUCCGAAGAAUCCACCUCCUAAGAGGUCCUCAGAAAUGCAGAGCAAAGUCAAGGUUCGGCACAAAAGCGCUUCUAAUGGUUCUAAAACUGACACUGAGGAGGAGGAGGAGCAGCAGCAGCAGAAGGAGCAGAGGAGCCUGGCUGCUCAUCCUAGGUUCAAGCGGCGCCACCGCUCAGAAGACUGUGGUGGAGGUCCUCGGUCCCUGUCCAGGGGGCUCCCUUGUAAAAAAGCAGCCACGGAGGGCAGCAGUGAAAAGACUGUUUCAGACACAAAGCCCUCUGUACCUACCACUUCAGAAGGUGGGCCUGAGCUGGAGUUACAAAUCCCUGAACUACCUCUUGACAGCAACGAAUUUUGGGUCCAUGAGGGUUGUAUUCUCUGGGCCAAUGGAAUCUACCUGGUCUGUGGCAGGCUCUAUGGCCUGCAGGAAGCGCUGGAAAUCGCCAGAGAGAUGAAAUGCUCACACUGAAGCAAGAUGACUGAGCAUACGUAAAGAUAUUGUGCGUGAAAUGUUUAGCAACUACCCCCCCUGUUCUCCAACCUGGUCUCCUGCUGCUGAAAUGGAAAGUAACAGAAAAUGACGAGAAAUGCCACUGUUAGUUUUUGUUGCUUUUAUACAGAGCAUCCUAGGAGUGCCCUAUGUGGCCCCCCUUUUAGAAAGAAAGAAAGAAAGAAAGAAAGAAAGAAGGAAAGAAAGAAAGAGAAAGAAAGAAGGAAAGGAAGGAAAGGAAAGGAAGGAAAGGAAGGAAAGAAAAGAAAGAAAGAAAGAAAGAAAGAAAGAAAGGAAGAAAGAAAGGAAGAAAGAAAGGAAGGAAGGAAGAGAAGGGAAUAAAAGCAAGCAAGCAAGCUUUUGGCCUUCUUUGUAAUAAGCAUGUUCAGGGCUUUUUGUUUUAUUUUUCUCCUUUAACCAGUGCCUUAUAUAACAAGAUCCUCUUUACACUUCUCAGCUGGAUAUUUAUCUCCAUGUUACUGACUUAAAGACAUACAAACACACCAGUCUUUCAAAGUCCAAGAGAUAAUGAGCAAGCCAGCUUGGUCUACAGAGUGAGUUCCAGGACAGCCAAGGUUACACAGAGAAUGAAUAAAUGAAUGAAUGAAAUAGACAGACAGACAGACAGAGAUAAAUAGAGCAAACAAGAAGCAUUGGUGUGGUCUUUUUAACCCUUUUUCUUGCUAAAUGAUAAAAUCUAAUGUCUAAGUUGUGUGUACUAUAAUAUAUUCUUCCCUGAUCAAGGUUGUAACUAAGUUCUGCUAUCCUGGCAGGUGAAACACAGAAAUUUUGUAAAGAUGAAGGAAAAAAGCCUUCAAACUUGAUUGAAAAAAUUCUGAUUUCAUUGUAAACUGAAGGUAGGCCAUACCUAUGGACACAGGCAAUAAGAAUGCUCUCCUCUUGGCCCAGAGUGGUGGAGGCCAGGAACAUCAUUAAGAGAGGCUGACACUUACACUGGGAUUUUGAUCCCACAUUUUGCUUUUUUUUUUUUUUUUUCUUCUUUUUUUGCAUUAUUUCUGGAGCCAACUACACCCCACAACUGCCACUCCCUUACCCAGAGAUACUAACUGUGGGCAGUUUUUAAAUGUAGCUUGAAAGGCGUUCUCAAGGGAAUACUUUUCAGCUUCAGUAGCACAACUUUUCUGGUUAUAUAUCCUAGUGGCCUUGAGCUUGCCUGCUCGUAUGUGCCACUUUGCCCAGAAGACCCCCCCUCUUUUUUUUUUUUUUUUUUUUUUACUUUGAAAAAAUUUACACUUGUUUAUUAUUUUUAUGAAUGUAUGCUGUGGUCCACAUGUGGAAUUCACAGGACAGCUUGUAGGAGGAGCCUGCUCUCUCCUUCAAGUCGGUCUAGUCCUAGAACUACUUUUUGAUGGGAGGUCUUAUGGGAGUGAGGAUGGACAGUUUUAUUGAGAGAUUGUUUCUAUCUUUGGGGACUUUGAGCUAUAUGUGAUUUUUUUUUUUUCUUUUCCUUCCUUCUUUCCUUUUCUUCCUUUGAUUUCUUUCCUCUUUCGUUCCUUAACUUCCUUCCCUUCCUUUCUUUCUUUCCUUUCCCUCUCCCUCCUUCCCUCCCUCCCUCUUUUCUCUUUUCUUUUUUUUCCUGUCUUGUCUUGUCUUGUCUUGUCUUGUCCUGUCCUGUCCUGUCCUGUCCUGUCCUGUCCUGUCCUGUCCUGUCCUGUCCUGACCUGUCUUUUCAUACAAGGUGUCUUGCUUUAAGUCAGCUGGCCAGACUUAAUUCUUCUGCCUUCUGGCUUACAGGUGUACCACCAUGACGGAUGUGAUGUAGUUGCUCAGAUUGGCUUAGUAAGCCCUUCUCAGAUUGUCAGUGGUUUUGAACUCUUGCUAAUUCUUUCAUUUAUGUGUUCAUGUGUAUUUCAGUCCCCAUUUAAACAUCUUCAAACAAGAGACUUUUUAAAAAAAGAGUAUUGCUCAACCAUGGAAGACCUGAGAGUGGAAGUCCAGUGAAAGUAAAUAGUAGCCAGGGGUUUAAUCUGCCUUAAUUUAAUAGACUAUUAGAUAUUUACUGUACCCAAGUUUUGACAUUAGUAGAUGCCAAGAAUGUAACACAUGUACAAAGAUCUUUUAUGUUUUUUAUAAAUCAAAUAAUUACAUUUUUUGUUGUUUGUAAGAUUCUUUUACAGUGAUUUUACACAUUUGCGAGGAAAGUAAAGCAAGUGUCCCCAUUUUACAAGAGUAGGGUUGAUAGGAUGGCUUUUUGACCCUCAGUCUUUUGUUCACAAGACCUGUGCUGUUUUGGAUCAGGAUAAUAGUCAAAUUAGACCAACCAUGUUUAGUCUAAAGUGUCAAUCAAACCUGGAGACUUUGUGUUAAGUACAAAAGUGGGUUUUAACCAGUGAGUGCUGCUAACGUGACUGCUAGCUGACUUCUUGUACUUUUGAGGCCCGGAUUUAAUGAAUUCAGGUUUUGAAAUUGACACUUGCAGAACAGCUGUGGGCCUUGAGUAAUACUAGUACAUCUGUGCACCUAUCAGAGCGUCAAACAAAUGGGCCUGAAGAUCAAGUACUGUGGCCUGCCUCGGCGCUCUGAGUUGGAUGUGAGGGACACUUGGGCUAUGCUGCUGCUGCUUCUUAAAAAAGAUUUUAUUUAAUUUAUAAUGUGAGUACACUGUCACAGUCAGAUCUCAUUACAGAUGGUUGUGAGCCACCGUGUGGUUGCUGGGAAUUGAACUCAGGACCUUUAGAAGACCGAUGGGUGCUCUUAACUGCUGGGCCAUCUCUCCAGCCCUCAGGGUAUGGUUCUAGGGCUGGCAUGAGUGCCAUCCUCCAAGACAACAUACGUUGUGCUCUCAGAUAAGAACUUUGAUAGAGAAACCUCAGGAGAUAAUCUUGCUCCAGGAAAAGACUAAAGCCUACUCUGUCGUGGCCAACACUUUAAAGCCUCUGGAAAGUAAGUUAAUGGGAUAAAAAGUUGCAUCCCAUGGCCAUAAAGGGUAGUGUAAUGCCUUGGCUAGAGACCAUAUUGCAGUCAUGUAGCAGGAGUACAUAGUGAGCUUCACAGAUGUUUCUGCCCUAGAUAUAGGAGGUAUAAUUAAGAGAGAAUAAACAUCUUGCUGGUAGCCAAAGAUGAAUACUUUUCCUACAUUUCCCCAAGCAUCAGCUUUUUAAUGAAUAUUGAAAAAGUCAACUUCAUUAGUUUUCUUUAAGGCUCUAAUGUGUAUUCCUUGUAUUCUUUCCAUCAGCCUGUGUUUUCAGUGUGCCUGGUCCAGGGGUGCUAGAGUAAGUACUGUAGGCAUGAACAAAAGAAUGCAGUGCUGAAAGCUAGGAUACAGGCUGACAAGGCUUGCUCAGAAUUGAUCGGUAUCGAAGCACUGCCCAACUGCUGCAGUGCUCGAGGCUGCUCAGCGAUGUUCUUAGGCAGCUUAUUCAGGUCACUGUUAGCUCGCAGAGGGAAAUGUUGUUGUGGGCGUGAAGAGUUAUACAGUAUUCUUCCUUUGCAGCCUCCCUCAGAUGAGGAUUUGAUGGCUCCUAGUUGAUUUAGCCACUGUAGUUUGCCACUUCAAGUCACCAAACACUGCUUCUAGACACUUGUGAAAGGCUAGGCUGCAUGAAUGUUUUUUAAAAUAUGCCCAGAAACUAAGACAUCUUGUAAUUUAUUGACAAGUUUCUGGUGUCUAGAAAUAUAAGGAUUUUAUGUUUUGUUUUUUUGUUUUUGUUAGAGUUGCUUAAUUUUUACUCUUUUUUCUAUUAAAAGAAAUUAAAUGAAAAUUUCUCUUCCAUUGUCAGUUUAAGAUGUUAUCUAUUUGAAAAAAAGCAUCUUAGUGUGAUGCCAACAUACCUAUAAUCUUAGUAUCUAUAGGAGGCAUGUGGACCUUUAUAAAUUUGAGAUCAGUCUAGCCUACAUAGCAAGUGCACAGGCCAUGUCAAGGCUUUAAAAAAAGGAAAGGAAGGAAAUUAAAUUCAAGGCUAGUCUGAGCUAUAUGAGACCCUAUCUCAAAAAAGUUAAAAUGUGUCAAGAUUUAAAGUCAUAAUGUAGCUUGCACUGAGCCUGUUCAGUCUGGGUACUGCCACUGCUCUGCCUGCUCACUCUUCCUCAGUCAAGGACACUUGCUAUGGUGGGGCUUAGUGUGAUAUAAUUACAGUGUGGGAAAAGUGAAGGGAAAGUUUUUCUUCAGGGAAAACGAGUAAAAAUCUAAUUGGAAGUUAUACUGGCUAAAGUACAGGUUAGGGUGUAGAGCAGACACAUGGAGAAUUUAUAGAAAUUGGUUUUUAUAUUUUGUCUUUGUCAAUUGGCACAUGGGAGGCACAUUGAUUGAUUGAUUGAUUGUUUAGAAUUUCUCUUGUUUGAUUGUUUUGUUUUGUUAAGUAGACCAGGCUGGCCUGGAACACAGAGCUCCACCAAGCUGCCUCGUGAGUACUGGGAUUAAAAGCAUUAGUUUAAUUAGCCAGACAGUGGUGGCGCACGCCUUUAAUCCCAGCACUUGGGAGGCAGAGACAGGUGGAUUUCUGAGUUCGAGGCCAGCCUGGUCUACAGAGUGAGUUCCAGGACAGCCAGAGCUACACAGAGAAACCCCUGUCUCCAAAAAAAAAAAAAAAAAAAAAAAAAAAAAAAAAAAAAAAAGGCAUUAGUUCUUGUAAACUGUUGGAUGGUUAAAUGAAUGAACGGAACUAAGAGAAGCAUGACAGGGUGAGGAGUGUAGAAUUUGUGGUUAGUAGGAAAAGCUAUAGGUCUGUGUUCUUUGCUUUAGUUUCUGCUUCUUCACCUAGAAAAAAGGAAAAAAAAAUGAACAGACUCACUGUGCCACCUUUGGGGACCUUGAGAUAGCAAAGCUGACUUGAUGAAAAGGCAAUGAAAUUGUAUUGUUUCCCAUGAGGGAGAAAUUUGUUACAUUAAAGAA